ACUCAGAUCCAUCCCAGUCUCUACGUCGUGCAGUCCAUUCAGAACCACACCCCUUCCAGUUUUAAACUCCGCUAGGGGUGAUGGUGUGGUGUGAAGAAUUGAAUAUAAUGCGACCUCCAUUACAGUUAGUUGCAGUUUCUCUGUGGACUUUAAGUCGAUUGAUAAUGAUGCACUUGUGAAGCUUCCAGUGGGAAAAAUGGACGCUCUCUGCAUUGAGUGUGGUUGUGAGCUUUAAUGUGCGAUGGUGAUGAGCGUUGCUGAAAAACGACGAUUGACAGGAGUAUCAUGUCAUCUGAACGGUGUUCAGAAUUUUGUUGUACUUUCACUGAUGUCGAGGCACUGAAAUCCACGGCGCUUGAUGCGUCGAACUGGGAAUAAAUGAGGGUAGUGUUCGGCUGAUGACAUGAAGGACACUGCUGAAAUUCUUGGUGUGGCAGCUUUGAAUCGGCCAUGCGGCACACUCCGUCGUUAGGUUAACAGCAUUGUAGGUGAUGCUCUUGGAACAAAAUAUUUUCUUGCUUUGGGUAUGGAUCAAAGCAGUGCAAUCCAUUUCAAUUACUUGGUCAAGUGUAAGUCAUGAGGUGCAAUCGAUUGAGGAAGAAGAGAUUUUCCGACGUUUAUUUAGGAUCUUUAAAGUGUAGCAACUUAAUCCCUAGUACAAUGUGGUUUAAACAACGAAAUGUGUUAGAAUUUGUAUAUCAUAGUACUUUGUUUUGUGCGUUACGGCUCAUUUUCAUAUUUUUGAAAUCAGAACGGCCAAUGGAUUACCGGACCUCUUUCUACUGGUAUCAAUUAAAGUUGUUUGUUCAAUCUCGUGAGUACUAACGAUGAACUCUACCCAUACGGAGAUUAGUUGAAACAUCUCUCAUCUGCUCAGAGAGGAUUCUGGUACUCAAGUUUGCGUUGUGCAGAGCCUGAACAGCAGCUGCAAUAACACUGUAGUAGGAUAAAAAAAUGUCGGUCACUCGUACAACGGGGAGUGUUACGCCUGUGGCGUCUGUCCCUGCUCCAAAUACGGGUCUUCAUACCUUCAUGAAGAUUGUCAUCCCCUUAUUAUACAUCGUGACAUCAAGUCUUCGAGCAUACGUUUGGAUGACAAAUAUGGAGCUCAAGUUUAAUUUUUUGACAACUGUCUCAAUUUUUCAAUUACGAUUUUCCUCUCUAGGUUUCUAAUUUUGUGUUGGCUAAGCCGGCGUCCGACACAAACACUCAUGUUUAAAACUCGUAUGAUGGAAACCUUUGGAUAAAUGCGCUUGAAUAUGCUCAGAGUGGCAAGUUGACAGAAAAGUCAGAAGUCUACUGCUUUGGUGUAACGUUGUUAAAGCUUAUCACUGGGUGAAAGCCUGUUGAUACAAGGAAUCUGAAUGGGACGAUAAGCCUGGUGUAAUUGGCACAGCCAUUGAUGACAGAAGCAUUGGAGGAUGGAGACUUAGACGAGCUUGUUGAUCUUAGAUUGGGCCGUGAGUAUGACCUCAAAGAAACGUUCUGGAAGAUCAAGGUUGCUGCAUCAUGCGUCCGCCAGACGGCCAACAAGCGACCCAAGAUGGGACAGGACCAGCUUCAAAAGACCUGCUAGUGUUGAGUAUCAUGAACAUCUACUACAAUUGCAUAGGGUCUCGUAUUAUGCGUCUGUCUUAUCUUUGAAGGCUGACUGGUUUUUGCAUGUUGAAUGAACACGUUGUGAAAGCCUUGGAAAGCGAAGGGAAGAACGGUGGCCUCUAUCAGGAUCUAAAACCACGACAUAGCUCAGAAUACAUAUCAGAAUUUGAAACGUACGACGGUUCCAAGUACGAUGCUCAAGCAUAUUUUGCCGACGUGGGUCAAUUGAAGAUAUCAAGCAUGACCCCUAGAUCCUAUGAACUUGACAAUAGUAGUGAGCAUCUUGGUGGAUCAUUUCCAAUCUCAAGUGGUAAAUACGAGACCCAAGAGCGAGCCUGUGGGACAAACAAACAUGAGCAAAAACUAUGGUCCAAUUUAAAUACAGUGCCUAAUGGAAGCACUCGGUCUUAUAGUCACUCAAACAUGCCUCCUUCAAGAGCCGCGCCCACAAGACCUGAUAGCUGCAGUGACAUAAACGGCAGCUCAAGAAAUGAUUACCGACAGGAUAUCUGGGCAUGGUCGUAUUUGCACCUGGAGUACAGGUACAUUACAUUAAACCUGUGUCUAGUGCUUUUAGAAUACGACUCAAUCAUGCAGGACAGGGUUUCUUCCCAGACUUGUACUUGGGGUGUAUCUUCAAGUACCAUUUUCCUGCUGCUUAGUAAUUCAGUGGGUGCGUUAACCCACAUGGCCGACAACAGAAAAAAAAAACAACAAAGUUAAUGGUUCCAAUUCCAUGCAAGUAUUUUCACAGUUCUUCUGUUUUUCUUUACUUUUCAAUUUAUUGAAACUUGCACAGCUGAAUAGCUAUGCAGUCUUGCUGACAUGAACACAGUCAACGAAAACCUUUAAUGUUGCUGAUCAGUUACACAACACAAGACCGAAAUUCACCUGAUCAUUACAUUUGUCAUGUAAUGCAGAGUCUUACUGCUUGUGAUUGUCCACAUGUAGUCAGCUCCCAUAAGAUUUCCAAGUGGGUCGGCCAAUUUAACACUUAUCCUGAAUCUGGUAUGAUAGUUUGCCACUAAGACUGCGAAAAUUUGUUUUCAGAUUCCACAUUGCAGAGGCGAGUUUGAGACUUGCCGCAGAACCUGUUCAAUGAAGAUAAACUAAGCUCCUCACGGCGAUGCAGAUGAAGGCAGUGAUUUUCCAUGGUAGGUUUCAGACUCAAUCCAGCGUAGUCGGACUGGUGUCGUAAAGGACUUGGGUACCACCAAGUUGAAGCUGCUGUAUGCUUGGCCCGAAUCGUACAAGCGUCACAACAAUAUCAUCGUAGUCGUCUUUUCCUAGAUCGAUGAGCUUCUGCCGAAUACCCACUCUCCACACCAGAUCUCGGGUGACCUGUGCCUGGCCGACAUGCGGGCUGAAGUUGAAAGUACCGAAGAACUCGGGGCAGCUCACAGACGUGUUCAGUUCUGCUGAUGGGAAGAACAGGUAAGCUCCCCAGUGGCUCUGUAACGUGUUAUCCACUUUUAUGCCCUGAAUCUCAAGCACCUCCACUCCUACAUCGCUUCUUUCAGGACGGGUUACUCGGAACGUUAGUGGUUUUGCAUCGAGAGUGCCGGCGGCUGCAAGCUCGGGUGUGGUGUAGAUCAUGGCGUUCGUUUGCGAAGGGCUCAGGGGAUUACAGGCGGUUACAUUUUUCUCGUGGCCUGGUUUUUGUCCUCUCGAGACCCAUGCAGUUGGCGAUUCCUCAUACUCAUACCUGGUAUUGGCCAUAAUGGAAAACUUCAGAUACGGACUGGAAUUCAUCAGCUUUCAAAGUAAAUGAACUGAAAAAUGAGGCUAGUUACCUGAGGAGCGGGGUGUUUAUGAUCUGUGACAAAUUCACAAUGACUUGAUCGGCAUUUUCAUCAUAGUAAGUGAAUCUCGAGUCGAGGAAAUCUGCAUGCGUCGGUUCCGUCCUCUGCUUUCCUGGAAGCGUCUUCCAUAUCGUCCAUAUCCUGUCGAUAUUUGAAUGAUGAGUGUAAAAAACGGGGUCUCUAGCAGACCUUCCAAAGUUUCCCAUGUCAUUGAAUGCAGUGGCUGCGUCUGGAUCUCCCACCCACAGAUGCACAGUGCCAUGAGGAUUAUCCUCAAACGUUCCAGGACCAUACCCACCCGAAUCGCCAUAGCUGUAAGGCUCUCCGAAGAAGAGUCUCGGCGUUGGCGCUCCUGUCACGAUCUGCGUGUACAUAACCUGUGUAUUCUCGAUUCGCAGCUCAUCUGCGGUCUUAUCAGUGCAACCCCCGAUUGAGUUCAGAUGUACAAGAUUCGGAGGCUGCGCGCAUUUGUUGCGAUUCAGGUCCCGUAGGUAAGAUGUUUCGUUGGUUGAGUAGAUCCUAGGGAGUAUGUUGGCUUCCUCCGACGACGACUGGUUGUCCCAAUUCCAGUAAGGCAAUGCGAAGGUGUCGUCAUCCAAGAGCUUGGCCAAUAUCCGCUCGUGAAAAUACAAGAACAUUCGAUGCCAUGGAAGGAAUAGCCAAUGGUUGUGAAUCUCAAGUGGCCAGGUCAUGUUAUUGUAAUAGAUUCCAUUAUCGCAGUACAGACAGUGGAGAUUCGCUUGGUUGGAUAGAGACCGGGGAUCUAGGUCCGGCAAUUCUCUUAGCAAUUUAUAACCCCUCUCCAGCCUUGCGAUCUCCGACUCGUUGAGUUUAUGCACUGGUCUUCUGAUUCUUAUGGGUAAGGCGAGGUCGCCUUCAAAAUCUCUGGCUGGCUUACCUGUGUAUGGCUGUGGCAUGCAACAACCCUCCUCACUGGUACAGUUGUCUGGUAGAAUCGGAGCAGGGACAGGUGUUCCGCUUGUUAUCCUCAUCAACAUCUGAGACACAAUCAAAACAAGAGCUCCCAACUUGCAACA